GUUUUCAUUUCCGGUUGGAACCCCCGAAAAAAAGAAAGAUGGCUGAGAUAUAUUGCGGAAGAGAAAAUUCGAAAAUGAAAGUCACAUGCACGGCUUUACAAUAUAUUUUGGCGUAACGGGAUAUCAGAAAUAUGUUUCCAUAUCUUAAAAUUAUCGAAUAAUGUAAAUUGAUUGUAUAGUUUGGUUCCGAAACAUUGUAAAAAGUUAGCUGUACUUUUUUUUCUGCUUGAUAACACCCAUUUAUAAUAAUGAGCUCUACAUCUGGGAGACAGCGGGCGUCCACUCGACAGUACUCGGCCGAGGAACAAGCCCUAAACCAGAUUUCUAAAGAGGCAGAAUCCAGACUAGCUGCCAAAAGAGCUGCCAGGGCUGAAGCCCGCGAAAUCCGAAUUAAAGAAAUCGAGAAACAACAAAAACUAGAAGAAGAAAGACAGAAGUCACAUGAUGUGUCCUCAGAGGGCCAGUCAAGUAGGGUGCGGUCUGACUACAAUGAUUCUCGCAGAGGAAGUGACGAUUCCAGCUCGGCCACUGAAGAUGCCGACACGUCACGCGACCAUCAGAGAGAGAUGCGGGCCAAAUUGCGAGAGCUGGAUGAGAAAUACAAGAAGGCGAUGAUGAUGAACGCCCAGCUAGACAAUGAGAAGCACAGCCUGGUGUAUAAGGUGGAGCUGAUGAAGGAUCAGGUGGAGGAGAUGGAAGAAUCCUUCACCCAGCUACAGCGGGAGUAUAAGGACAAAUGUAGGGAUUUAGAAAUGCAGAAGAGGACAGUAAAAGACAUGGAGUUUGACUAUAAUAUAGCCAAGGAGCAACUAGCAAUAAAGGAGAAGUUGAUACAGGAAAGUGGUUUAGUUAUUGUCUCUUCUGAUGAGGGAGUUCUCUCCCUUGAGAAAUGUCUUCCAAACGGACAGAUUCCACAGGGAGGGAGUUUGUUGAUAUCAGCUGACUCCGCAGAAUUGCUGGAGAAGGCAGGAGUAGGCUCCCUUGAUGAUCGAUUACGAUCCUUUUUAGAGGAAAAGACUAAUUUAUUAAAAGAAAUAAAAGGUUUAAAAGAUGAAUUAGAUGAAGAGAAGUCCAAGAGGGAACACAAGACGUCGUCAGUUCCCCAGAUGAAUGGCCCCGAAAUGCAGCUUUAUGAAGUUCAAAGAGAGGCUAGCAAACAGAUUCAUGAAUACAAACUAAAGUUACAGAAGGCUGAACAGGACAUCACAAAUUUAGAGGGAACAGUUAACAGGUUAGAGACGCAAGUCAAGCGAUACAAACAGGAGUCAGAGGAUUCAGAAAAACUGGAAGACGAGUUAAAAACGGAAAAACGAAAACUCCAAAGAGAGCUUCGAGAAGCCCAAACACGUUUAGAAGAACUAAGUAACCAAAAUAAACACCUACAAAAUAGAAUAGACAAAAUGAAACAAGCUCGCGCCUUAGCAAGUCAGUAACCCACAGUGAUGAAAAACAACUUAUUUUUUAACAAACUUCACAGUGUUUCUCGAUGUGGCUAGCCUUGCUCCUAACAAGUUGCGUGUUACCCAUGGAAGAAUCGCUAGCCAGAGUUGCUUUUUGCCAGUCGUGUGAUCUUGGUCAUGUGGACUUUUUACUAUAUUGCCCUGUGAUUGGAUUGAAGGAAAGCGUCUCAGAGACCAGGAUUGUUUUUUAAAAACUGUUGUUCCAAAGUAUACUUCCUAAAGAAACCAGUUCCGCAUUUUGCAUAUUUUCAUCGAAGAAUCAUCCAUUUAGUCUGUUUUAGUCCAUUAUGUCUGAUAUGGGAGAAAAAAUAUUCUGUUUCAUAUGGGUUUCACUUUAAAAGUGAAAUGACUAUUAUUAUUAUUUCCUGUCAUAUGUAUGUUUUUAUUGUAUUUAUCAUAACAUAUUAAUAGCAAUAUCGGGAGAGAAAUUGGACCCUUAGUUUUAGAGAGAAGGCGGUGGAUAGAUUUUACUUUGAAUAACUGAAAGCUAUUUAAAUCAUCUAUAACACUAAAGGUUGUCCAUGCCUCAUGUUAAUGUGUCAGAGUACCUGUUAAAGCAUUUGAAAAAUAUUUGGUAAAGAAGAUCAAAAAGUGAACACAGCACUGUUUCACAUUGCAACUCUUAUAGCAGAAGUUGGUUAUUUUAUUAAUUCUGACACCUGAUGCUUGUAUUUUUGCACGGUUUUAAGUAUUUGCUUCAUAAGUACUGUAAAAGAAUCUCAGUUAGAGAAAGUUAAGGAAGGUUCAUCAGCCCUCGGGUAAGAGCCAUAAGUGUUGCUGCAAUUAACGCGUUGUUAAUUGUUAAUGAUUCCUUAAUGAAAAUUUCAGGGCCAAGUUUUUUAAAUAAUGCCCAAAAAUUUAAAUAUGGUUUUUUGUGCAUUUUCAUCAUGGGUAAAGUUUUUAUUCUAUUUUUAUUGAAAAUCAUUAUACCGGUACUUAGUUUUUUUUUUCUUUCUUUUAAUGUUGAUGAACCUUAAUAUAAAUAUACUCAAAAAUGAAAUUAUCAGUCAUAAGCUUGAAUUGCAAAAAAGGUUAUAGUUUUAAUCAGAACAAAAGAGAAAUAUUUCUUAGAAAUGGACAGUCUGUUCACUAUCCUAAUAUAACCUUGACAUAAUUGUCCUCUAACCAAUGACCUUGAGUAACUGCAUGUAUUUUUAGAAAUACGCCUUGAACCGUUUUAAUGAUCAACUUCUAUUUACUUCAAUCGCCAUGGUACAUGUACAGGCUGCAGAUACUAUACUAUGAUCUAGGUUACAUUAAGACAAAUAAAAAUAUUGAAUCAUUGGAUUAAAAGUCUGUAUGCAUUGCAAGAGAGGUAGUUUUUGUGAAGCUAAAUGAAUACAAAAUGAAACUUGUCUAAAUCUGGAAUAGAAUAUCUCCCUCCCUGUGGAAUCUAUCAAUUUGCUAUCAAAUCAAUUAUUAUUGACACAGAAAUCGCAUGGUUUAAAACUGAUAUGUACCUUCAUGUAUUUUGUGUGGUUAACAUUUUCUGAAAUGCAGAAUAUAACGUUAAUAGGAUAUUAGAAUGAAUUAAGUAUGUUGGAAAUGUUUUCUGGGAUUUUGGACGGAAUUCAAAGUUGUCCAAAAGCUAUUCCAAAAGCCUCGAAUUUGUUAUAGUACUUAAAGUGUGACACAAUAUCUAAUUGGUAUUGUGUUGUGCAAGAUGUGAAAAUGUACAAUUUUUGUUGUACUACAGAUUUACUGCUUUUCUGAGGAGCGUUUGAAUGCCUCUUAUAUUCCGUUGCAAUAAUUAUUUUUUCUGCUAGUCCAAAUCGUUGAAAGGCCAUCUUCUGUAGAGAAUUCAACAGCCACAUGUUCGUGUAUUUAGGUGUAAAGGGUUUUGUUAAACGAAAUUUAUUCUUCAAUGUCUCUGCCCUUAAAAAUGUUAUUUAAAAAAUGGUGCAUUUGUGUAGAAAGAACAGGCCAGAUUUGUUCACUGGAUCUUGUAAGUCGAUAAUAUUUCUUUAGAUGGAGUUCUCCGUUUUGUUGUGUAGAUGUUUUAAGGGAAGAAAGUAUAUAGUUGUCAGUCAGAAUUUGUCUCCUAAUUUUCUUAACUGUCUUGACCUUUCAUCUCACAGAGUAACUGUUAUCUUACAAGUAUGGACACCUGUAUCCAAUGCGACGACCGAUAUAUGGAGUUUUUAAAAAUGUAUUCGUACAACAGAGUUUGUUGCCAAUAAAAAUCACUGCUUUA